GAACAACGCUGAGAGUAAGCUCAUGUCCUGUUUUCCUCAUACGCAGCUCCACCUUGGGUCCAUCCAUGCGAUUGUAGCUUCGGGUCCACAUAUCCAGGUCCUCAAUAUAAACACCGGGGAGAUUCUUUAUACAACUGAUCGAUUUGAUGGAGCCGACAAAGACGCAAUACUGAAGUCUGGUCCGGUCCGCUGUAGUGCGGUCAAUAGCUCAUACCAGUUUCUUGCAACUGUAGGAGACGAUAAAAAGCUGAAAGUAUGGGAAGUGGGAGGCUUGAAGGUCUUGAGCUCGAGAGAGCUACCCAAGAGGCCUACGCGCUUGGAGUUUACUAAGUCAGAUGAUAUUCUCGUAUCAGAUAAGUUUGGCGACGUUUUUAGGUAUCCUCUCCAUGCUUCUCAGGCAGAAGCUUCGUCGAGUAAAUUGCGGCGUGAUGCUUUCUCAUCCCACGAAAAUCCGUCUGGAGGAGAGCUUAUACUUGGCCAUGCUUCUCUGCUCACAUCUUUUCUACUGACGGCCGAUGAAGAAUUCAUAGUAACUGCCGAUAGAGACGAACAUAUCAGAGUAAGCUGGUAUCCGCAGGGAUAUAAUAUCGUAAGCUAUUGUCUUGGCCAUGAAAAAUAUCUUUCUGCGUUACACAUACCUCAAUUCUCUCAAUCCUCAAUAGUUUCCGGCGGGGGUGAUCCCACUUUAAAAAUAUGGGAGCUGAGUAGUGGACAGUUACAACAAGAAAUCGCUAUAUUUUCCACUGUCGAACCCUUCAUCAGAGUGAGGCCCCUAACGAGAAAAGAAAUCAAAGCUGAAUAUGAAGCCAAGAAGACCAAAAGCUAUAAAGAGAAUAAUGGAAGGCAAAAGCAGAAAGGAAAGGAAAAGUCAAACGCUGUGGGAGAAGAUACCAUUUCGACCACCCUAGAUAAUACUGCAUUUGACUCAAAUGGCACUGUAUUCGUUGUUCAUAAGAUCAGCUCCUUGGACUUGGAACACGGGCAUUACUUGGUCUUUAAUGCUGUUGGGGCUACAGCCAUUUUCAUAUGUCCUUACCCUGAUGGUGACGGCUCGUCGGAUAUCUACUUCUUCGAUUUCGGAAAGCCCGUCAUUGAUUUCAUUAUAGCCCAUGACGGGCUUGUCUGGACACUGUUAGAUUCUGGAUGGGAUAGUAAAGUCACAGAAACCGUCGAGGUUCUCCCCAAAAAAUUGGUCCGAGUAGUGCAAUGGAACUCGGGAAAGUUCAUUGAAGUCCACAAUUUACCGCUUCUUGUUGCUCUGAACGCGCAUUGCAUGUUCCCAGCAAGCAUGGCAGACCUCAAGGCCUUGGAUCUCUACUCGGACCUUUCUUUGUUACCUAAAAGCCCAGAAGUCGAACAGAACUUUGCAGAUCGUGAAACAUCAGAAGUGUUACCUUACAAGGUUGAAGAGGGGAUCAGCGAGCAUAAUGAUGCAGAGAAGGCCCUUGGUAAAAGGGAGCUUGGUAGGCUCAAACAUAAACGUGCAUUACAAGCCCAUCUCCAACUAGCAAGUCAACAAGGGGAUCGACCGGACGACGUAUUACCUCGAGGCAAUGGUGGGGAACCAAAGAUGAAGAAGGUGAGAUCGAAAUCAGAGGAUAUAUGAAAAUUUGCACCAUGAGGUGGUCGUCGACGCGUAGUCACAUAUUUCUGACAAAUACCAGUCUUGUCCCUAACUGCGUGCUAUAAAUAUUUAUAGAUGUUUCCUAAA